AUGGACUAUUCCACAAUCAGUAACAAAACCAACUUCACGGAGACAGAGGAUAUAACUGGAGGUGACCUUAAUGAAAAAUAUUUCUUGCUUCGUAAACAAUAUGAAAAUUUGUCAAACAAUUACGACCUGAUCAAACAAGAACUGCACGAAACCAAACGAAGUUAUCAAACCGCUUUAGACAUCCAGAGUCAUCUUGGAGCUGAAUUAGAAAGUUACCAAGCCAAUGAAAAGAAACGCUGUGGUGAAUUUACAUCCAAAAUCAAUGCUCUGCAGGAAGAAUUGUGUGCAUUGCGUUUGGAACGUUCGGAGAUUAUUGAACGGCAUGCCAAUGAAGUGAAGAAGUUGGAAACUGAAAAUAAAUUACUGAGAGAGGAACAGGAAACAGUGACAAGAUCCUCACCAGUUAAAGAAAAUCACGCAGAGACUGAUGAAUUACGCGUCGCAUUAUCGUCUGCUAUAUCAGAAGCGAACGAUGCCAAAGCGAGUUUGGAUAUCGCGAAAUCAGAGAUAGCUUCCUGGCAAUUAAAAGUGGAGGAAUUGGCCGUUCAGAUAGACGAGAUGAGAACCGCCGCUGAGAUAAGGAAGGAGGAAUUGACCGAAGCUAGAGAACACGAAGCAUCAGUACUCGCAGAGCUAGCUGAGGCGAGAGCAUUGUUACAUCAGAUAGAUUCACAAGACUUACAACCACAUGCUGCAAAAGGCAACUCACUGUUUGCGGAAGUUGAUGACAAAAGACAGGAGAUGGCACAGAAUUUGAUACAAAUGAAACAAACUAAUUCUAGAUUAAGAAGAGACUUAGCAAAUAAACAAGCAGAAUUAGAUGCUCUGCUUCAUGAGAAACAAACUAUAUGGGAACAGCAGGCCGGCAUGGCGGCACACUAUGACCGGGAACUCAUUGAGGAUUACGAGAGUCGAAUAACUCAGUUGGAGGGUAUGUGUGAGAGGCAGAGGAGGGAGAUAUGUAAAUGGUUCAACAAACUCGCUGAAUCCACGGAGGAGGCCUGGCUGCCUGGUGUAUUGGAACAUUUAAAAACCGAAUGCGAGAACCUUAGGGCUGAAGUCCUCUCCCGCGGCGCCGCCCAGCUAGCUAGUGCGGCUCAAGUCCGGGAGCUGCGAAGGAAAAUAGCCCUACUGACCUCCACAAACACUAAGCUGUCACCAACAAUCAGUAAUGGCGAUAAAGACGAUAUUCCCCUGGUCAAGCCGGUCAAGUUACGACAGAUUGAUGAUGUUAAGAAACAAGUGUCCUUCAAUUGA